AUGUAUGGUGCCUCGGCUUUAAGCGCAGACACAUGUGAAAGAUGGUUUGCUAGCUUCCGUUCCGAAAAAUUUAACCUCCAAGAUGCACCACGCUCUGGACGGCCAAAUUCUGUUGACGACAAUCAACUCGUGGCUACAGUAAAGAGUGAUCGACACGUAACGACUCGAGAGAUUGCGAAGCGCUUUGGCAUUCAUCAUACAAUAUUCAUCAUACAAGUUAUGAAUCGAUUAGAAAAACUUGGCAUGGUGAAAAAGCUUGAUGUAUGGGUGCCGCACGAACUGAACGACAAGAACAUCAUGGAUCGGAUUUUAGUGUGUGAAUCUCUCCUGAAACAAAAUUCUCUAGACCCUUUUCUGAAACGGAUCAUCACUGGAGACAAGAAAUGGGUUGUCUACAACAACAUUACGGCGGAAGUCGUGGUGCGGUCCGGGCGAGUCUUCACAAACGGUGGCAAAACCUAA